CGAACGAGCACACGGCCCGGACCGCCCUCCCUUCCUUCCUUGCCGGUCGCUGUGACCCGGAAGGGCUCCCGGCGCGUGUCUCGGCAGGCAGGCGGGCUGAGCGAGGCGGCGGCUCUUACUUGAGCUGCCCGGGGGGGAGAUGAUGGCCACGUUCUUCGGCGAGGUGGUGGCGCCUCCGUCCCGCGCUGGCGACGACGACGACGACGACGAGGAGGCGGCGGCCCUGGAGCGCGAGGAGACGCCGGAAGAUCGCGAGAUUCGCCAGCAGCUGGAGAAGAAAAGGGAAGUUCACAUCCUCUGGAAUUCAACAUCUACUGCAUCUAAUAACGAGCAGUUUCCUUGCUCAAAGUUCGUAUUGGCUGUAGGGCAUAAUGCAGUAGCAUUCUUGUCUUCCUUUGUUUUGAGUUCUGGAGGCUGGGAAGUCGUUGGAUCUGUCAAAUUGUGGAAUGAGUGGUGCAGAACAUCAAAUACGACCAAAGUCCUUCCAACAGAUUCCUUCUGUUUGUUCUAUCGGUUGAUUUCAGAUCCCACAGUUUUAUUGUGCCAGUGCAGUUGUUAUGUGGCAGAGGACCAACAGUUUCAGUGGCUUGAAAAGGUUUUUGGAUGCAUGCAGAAGACGGAUUUGCAAGUGCUUGUUCUUUCAACGUGCUCUGUUACGGAAUAUAAAACAACAGAAUCAACUCUAACACUUCCUUCUCCUUUUCUGAAAGCAUUAAAGACAAGCACGUUCAAAGAUAAAGUCUGUUGUUCACUACUAGAACAGCCAAAUAUUGCACGGGACCUCCCUGCUGCAGUUCUCAGUUACUGUCAAGUGUGGCAGAUCCCUGCAGUGCUUUAUCAGUGUUACACUGAUAUCAUCAAACUGGAUUUGGUAACAAUUGAAGCUUUUGAGCCCUUGCUAUCUUCCAGAAUCCUGAAGGGUUUGGUGAAGGACAUUUCAAGAAGCACAGAAAUAUUGAGAAAAGUGGUGACAACAAAUGAAAUUGAUAACAUCUACACUUAAAAUGGAGAAUUAUUUUGGAUACUUUCAAACUCCAGUAUUUUGUCAACUGCAGCUACUUUGCCUGGAAGCAUUUGGGACUUGUAGUUGUUCCUUUAGAAGUGGAAUGUGUUAUCUUUUGUACCAUAUGCUGACUGUUGUGGGGUGUUACCAGCUGAAAUGAAUUUAAAGGUGACGUUUUUAUUUUUCACAAACUCAAGCCACUUUUUAUUUUUGCCAUGAGCAAAGGCAACUCCUUACAUUCUUCCACCAGUAAUCAAAUCUAUAUUUUAAUGCAGCAAAAUAAUUGCAGUGGAUGUGGCAAAGCCCCUGUCUGUAAUUGACUGAGUUGGCCUCCUACCACAGAAGCAGGGCAGGCAGCAAAGCCUGUGGAUGCUGUUAGUCGAAGUGCUUAGGUACUAGAGAUAGGCAAGGCAUGCAAAAUAGUCUAAUAAGAUGCAAGGACAUAGGAAGCAAGCACCUGAUGACUGAGAAGGCAGGAGGCUAAGGAAGGCUUAGGAGAAGAGGGUGGGACUUUUAAGAGAAAGUGGCCCAGAGGAAUUUCUUUGUGGGGGAGGAAAAAAAGUAAAAUGGUGAGAAUGGACAGGUAGGUAGAGUAGCCACUUACAUUUCCUCUUUUUUGGCAAUGUUUAUCACCAAAGAAGAAGACACAGAUUUGCAUAAGCUAAUUUACAUGUGUAGAUUUAGAAACAGUUGCUACCUUUUCAA